GUUCCCCGACGACGCGCCCGCCCAAGUUCGCCCGGGGCCCGGGAGGAAGCUCCGGGGGGCCGCGGAGCCCCAGGGGACCUGCAGGCGCACCCCGGCCGUGCGCCUCCCAGCCGCGCGCCAUGCGCCCUGGGGGCGUGCGCAGCUUCGCGCUGGAGCUGGCGCGGGGCCCGGGCGGCGCGUACCGCAGCGGGGAGCGGCUGUGCGGCCGGGUGCUGCUGGACGUGGCGGCGCCGCUGCGGGUGCGAGCGCUCGAGGUGAAGGCGCGCGGCGGAGCGGUCACCCACUGGCUGGAGGGUCGCAGCGUGGGCGUCAACGCCGUGUCCAGCGACUACGCGGCCGCCGAGACCUACCUGCGGCGGCGGCAGCUGCUGCUCCGAGACACGGGGGAGACCACGACGCUGCCUCCUGGGCGCCAUGAGUUCCUGUUCAGCUUCCAGCUGCCCCCGACCCUGGUGACAUCCUUCGAGGGCAAACACGGCAGUGUCCGUUACAGUAUCAAGGCCACCCUGCACCGGCCCUGGAUCCCAGCACGCAGGGCAAGGAUGUUCACUGUCAUCGAGCCGGUAGACAUCAACACGCCCGCCCUGCUGGCACCUCAAGCGGGGGCUCAGGAAAAGGUCGCCCGAUCCUGGUACCGUAACCGUGGCCUCGUCUCCCUUUCAGCCAAGAUCGACCGCAAGGGCUACACGCCAGGAGAGGUCAUCCCCGUCUUCGCCGAGAUCGACAACGGCUCCACGCGUCCUGUGCUGCCUCGGGCGGCCUUGGUGCAGACGCAGACGUUCAUGGCCCGAGGCGCCCGAAAGCAGAAACAGGCGGUGGUGGUCAGCCUCGCGGGCGAGCCGGUGGGCCCGGGGCAGCGGGCGCUGUGGCAGGGCCGGGCGCUGCAGAUACCCCCGGUGGGUCCUUCCAUCCUGCACUGCCGCGUUCUCCACGUGGACUACGCGCUCAAGGUCUGCGUGGACAUCCCCGGCACAUCCAAGCUGCUGCUGGAGCUGCCGCUGGUGAUCGGCACCAUCCCCUUGCACCCCUUCAGCAGCCGCUCCUCCAGCGUGGGCAGCCACGCCAGCUUCUUGCUGGACUGGGGGCUGGGGGCCUUGCCGGAGUGGCCCGAGGCUCCUCCCGAAUACUCGGAGGUGGUAGCCGAGACGGAGGCGGCAGCCUUUGGGCAGAGCCCCUUCCCACUCCCGCAGGACGCCGACAUGAGCCUGGAAGGUCCGUUCUUCGCCUACGUCCAAGAGUUCCGCUACCGCCCGCCACCCCUGUACUCCGAGGAGGAUCCAAACCCACCCUCGGAGGCCAUGAGGCUGCGCUAUGCGACUUGCUGAACGGCACAGGGACACCUCAAGAACGGGGUUGCACACCUGCUUUCAGCCACCGUGACUGCAGGGAGCGGCUGGACCAAGGACUGACCUCCCCAGCUACAUCAAAGUUGGGGAAACCAAGUCUCGGAGUGAGGCGGGGCCUUUCCGACGUCACAGGGACCAGAGGAAGAGCCAGGCUGGAAUCUGACUUACCUGGACCGCUGCCCUUGUGAGGCAUUGACUUCCCAGCGCGGCAUCCGAGACACUGUUUAAUAACCUGUCUUCCCAGCCCGUGGGCAACGCUGGAGUCCUCCGGGAACCUUCAGUCUGGGAGAAGCAGAGCCAUAGACAGUUCCAGCAUCGUGGAACCGGAAGAAGAGACCCGCAGCUUCGAGAGUCCAGACAGGAAGCAGAGAAGUCUUCCUUCCGGAAGGGGGAUUUUUAGCUGAGGCUUUGGAGCUAUGAAUAGGAGCUCAGCAGGCAGAAGAAUGAGGAAGAAAAGUCAGAGAAGGUCAGAGCUGAGUGACAUUUGGAAUCUACUCCAUUUAUUGUAAAAUUGGAGGUUCAGGCCUGGGCGCGGUGGCUGAAGCCUAUAAUCCCAGCA